GAGUUUCAUGUUAAAAUUCUACAUUUUUUAAUUGAGAAUUUGAUUCCAUUUGAUUCGGUAACCAAUUCAAGUUUUAAAAAUCUCCUACUCCAUCUCCAUCAUAGUGCAGUUCAGUUGCCGGAUGUCGAGACUUUGCUUCAUUUGGCUAACCAGAUGUAUAACGACUACCAGAAUUAUUUUCGGGAAUAUUUUGGUAACCACGAGGAAAUAUCUAUUUCAUUAACUUGUCAUAGUUACCAAUUUCUCAAGGAUGAAGAGCCUUACAUAUUCUUGAGUGCUAGUUAUAUUGAUUCCCGGUUCAAGCUAUGUGAAUUACCUUUGGGAGUAUUCAAUUACAAUUCUAUAAACUUAUCAAAUUUAAUUGUAAGAAAUACUUUUUUGAAUAAUUAUAAGGGCAAAUUAAAUUUCAUUACUUCGAACUGUUCCUUUGAUGAAAGGUGUUUAGACAUCUUCAAAUUUGUAAUUAAUGAACCAGGAAUUGAUAUCAAAGACAAAGUACUUCCAUGUGUUCCUUCAUUUCUUAAUUCAAGAGUAGAAAUAUUUCUCAAUCAGCUAAGGCCCGCUUUUGAAUUAGAACAUCCCACCCAAUUAAAUAUAAAUUCAGUCACUUCUUCCGAUGACGUGAUUCCUCAUUUAACACAAGUUUUCCUUGGUCCUAUUUAUACCAAGUUUAAAGCAAUUCCUUUCACUUUAUUAAGCCCUUGCAAUGGCGAUGAAGGAGGGGCAUAUUUAGAUAUUUUGAAGAGUACUUCGAAAAACAAUGACCGAAACAUCACCCUCAUGUUUUUAAACAGUUGUUUGGUUUAUAAAGAUAAAAUUAAUGAAAUUAGUGAUGUUGGAUUAACCGACUUAGAAUGGCAGCUUGUUGAUUUUUUAGUGCAAUUCAAUCGAAUCAUUUGUGAAAUUAUCAUUCAUAUCUUUGAUAAUUCCCACGCAACAUCUCAUAUGGCGCUAAAAUGGUUGAAGAUACUAAUCAUUAAAUUAAUCUCUUUUGAAAAAUUACUUGAUAAAAACUAUCCUUUAAUUGAAACAAAAAUUUCGCAGCCGUUAAAAGAUUUUUUAGCUUCGAUUGAAUCCUUCCAUAUUGAAAUGGAAAAUAAAUACGAUUUGAUUCUUUCAAGCUAUUUGCAUCCUUCUACUAAACGCCUUUUAAAAGAGAAGGACGUCAAUAAAAUUAGCUCCAAUGUUGAAAAAUUAAGUAAAAAUGAUGAUCCCCACCAAUUUGAAACAAGUGACAUCGAAAGUCUUCUCUUGAAAACUUUCAACUGUUUAGGAAGCUCGACCGAAUGCUAUGAUUAUGAAACUUCCGCUGCCUCGGAUAUGAAUUAUCAAAAACAAGCAAACUUCCUCGCAAAGGAAUCCGGUCCCUUCAUUCUACAAUUUUGGAAAAAAAAUAAAAAAAAAUACCCAAUACUUUCCAAGUUAGCACGCAAAAGUUUAUCGAUCCAAAUUUGCAGUGAUCGAAGAUAUGAAUCAUUCAAAAUGAAUUUUGAUAAAUUAUCAACAUCGAUUCACAAUGCUUCCAAUUCUCCUUGCACGUUACAAGAAUUGUUCUUUUUGAAUAGACUCAGCGAGCAAUAUGACUUAUCUUCAUUCGAUCCAAAAUGUCUUGACUCCAACAUCGAGGACGUAAGACUU